CAGUUUCUAUUCUUCCUUAUCAUGGCAGCAGUUUCGUUUCUUCACUGUCAGCUGGAGAGUGUAUAAAAAGGUGGUCUGAGCCACCCCUGAGUGGAGGUAAGCAUCUGAGCCACCAGCUUCACCGGAAUUCUCACCAGCAGAAAGCAGCAUGUCUGACCAGAACGUCCGCAACGCUGGGUUCACUCCCUCUGGAAUCACAGGAGGAUCCCUUGCUUCAUCACUGAUGUCCCAAGAAGCAAGAGCCUCUGGGGGAGGUGUGCCUUCUGGAGGUCCCACUUCUACUCUCCAAGAAAUGGGUGCCAGAGGCACAACCCAUUCCUCAGGUUAUACCAGCAGUGGGAUCUCUGGUGGAUCCAGGGCCUCCGACACGAUGUCCAAGGAGGCCAUAGCUUAUGGAGGCGGAGUUCCCAGAGGUGGUACAACUUCUACAGUCCAGUCCAUCUCCAUGGGUGGAAAAGGAGGAAGACGCUGAAUAGAAGAAAAGCAGCAGUCUAGAAAUAAACACUACAAGCAGUUCAUCCUUCACCAUCGGCUUUGACAAUUUCUCCCCUUCUUUGCUCUCCCUGUUAUGAAAGGCAAAGCCUUCCAUGUGCACAAAUAAAGUUUCUGUUAAAAUUAUGGAUUCUUGCAUUAAAUUAAUGGGGAUAGAGAUGAGAGACGGUUCUUUCCUUGAUUAAAUGUUCUCUGAAGCACAAACACAAGCCAACAGAAGUUAAGGUACUUGGACUGCAAGGCUGUCUUAGGAAAAUCCUGGGUUUAGCAACACUAGGCUCUUCAAUUACAAGAUGCUUGCUUUGUUUAUUUUACAAAAAGUAAUUACAGUGCAAAAGUCACCCUGUUGUGAGAGAGAAGCAUAGAAACACUCAGUAAGGGGCAGCCAGCAGUUCCUUCUAGAUGUACUUCUUACAGGCUAUCAAAUUAAAUUCUACUUAGUAAAGGAGACACAUAAGCAAAC